AGUAUUCCAGAAACAGAUACAAGAUGAUAAAGUUUGUGAUUUCGUCUCUUUGCUUGGUUUCCAUUGCAUCUGCAUUGGAUUUACCAAGCUACAUAAAGCCGUGCAAAAAAGAUGAUCCAAAUCUUAAUGAUUGUUCUCUAAAACAAACUAAAUUGGCUUUUCCCUUUAUAUCCAAAGGAGACAAAAAAUUUAAAUCUCCCCCUCUAAACCCAUUAUUAUUGCCUUUAAUCGAAGUUGACACUGGACCAAAUUUAAAACUAAAAAUGACGGAUUUAAAUGUGCAUGGACUUGAUAGUAUUGAAUUUAAAGAGGCCAAUUUUGACACUAAAGCCAACAAAGCCCAUUUUACAUUGUCAGCUACAUUGAACUUUAUUGGAAAAUAUGAAAUUGAUGGUAAAAUUUUGGUCCUUCCAAUAACCGGAGAUGGAAAUUGCAAUAUUACCUUCAGUGGUGGAGAUUUCACAUACGAUAUGAACUGGAAAUUGGUUGAAAAAAAUAAUAAACAAUACGCACAAAUAGAAACAUACAAGCUGGAUAUGAAACUGAAAAGAGCAUAUUUCCACUUUGAAAACCUCUUUAAGGGUGACAAACUUCUGGGAGACAAUAUGAACAUGGUAUUAAAUGAUAACUGGGAAGAAGUAAUGAAGGAAGUCGGACCUGGAAUCACCCAUACCAUUGAGGUUGUGGUUCAUAAUGUUGUAAAGGCCUACCUUGAACAGAUACCUUACAGAGAAAUGUUUGUUUGAUUUAUGUUAUUUUGUAAAUAUUUUAUCGAGAGUAAAUUAAAUUAAUAUAUAACUAUAUAGUAUAUAUAUUUAUGAAUUUGUUAAAUAAAUGUAUUAAAUUUACGAAAUUAACGUUUCUUUUUCAAUUUAGAUCACCCUGUAU